GAGGAGUCGCCCCCGGGGAGGAACCGCUGAUGCUGGAAGAGCCGUCUAUGGAAGAAGCAUUCGAUCAGGCAGAGCCCGAACUUGACGAGGACGAAGCACGCAAAGUGAAGGCACUCAUUCGAUGGAUUUUACAAUAUCACCCCGCGAAGAGACCUUCGCCUGCGCAAAUCUUGUCGGAUUAUUGAUCCUGCGGACUAGUUCACGUCUUCUACAGUUUCUACAGCGAACCCCUUGGAGCCGUAUACAGGAGGUGAGUGAUAUUGCGAGAGAACAUAUCAAGCUGCGUCUGGCGGAAAAUACAUCCUGGAGAGCUCAAGAGAUAUUGGUUCUAUAUGACUGACUAUAUUACCUGUCUAUGUAUCGGAGAUACCUGUAACGAAAAAUAAAAUACAUAUUCAAUCCAUUUCGAUUCGAUCCUGUUUACACUGUCUAUUCCACCACCGGUUAUAACCAUCGCACCACCUCAUACUCAUCCAUGACAAAAAACAACCAUGACAGCCCCAAAACCAAUAAUCCUCCUAAUCUCCCUCGCGCACCGCGAUUUCCAAGACGAGAUGUACGCCUCCCUCUUCGACGCGCUCUCAGCAUCCGCACAGGUGAAGCGCGCAAAAACCGGCCCAGCCGCCAUCCAACACCUACUAGGAGGCAACAACAGCAACAACAACAUCCCUGUCCCCAGCACAGUAAUAAUAACAGACGAAGGCCUCACGCAACGCCGCCACGCUGACGUCUUACGCAAGUUGAACGAGUACGCCCAAUCCGGCGGCCGCGUCAUCGUCGGCCUGCACUUCCCCAGCUUCACGCUGAUGAACGCCUUCGACCGCUUCUUCGGUGACGGCUUCGGCCUGCCCUGGACGCACGGCACCUACUACCGUACCGUCUGCACGCUGAAUCCGGAUUGUGUGUGGCCGGUCCCAAGGGAUGCUGCUCUGCCUGGUCCGUUUAGUGUCAAGGCGCUGCAUGUCAAGGGUGCGCGGCCUGAGGAGAGGCUGCUUGUUCCUGCUCCUGGGCAGCCGCUGGAUGCGGAGCCGGGGCAGGCGGCUAUUGCUUGUGCGCGAAUUGGCAGCGGGUCGUUGGUUUAUUGUGGGGAUGUGAAUGUCGAGGUUGGGUCUGUGAGGUUGGUUUUGGCGCUUUGUGGGGUUUAAGUUCUCUAUGAGAGAAUCGAGGGGGAAAGGGGUGGAUGAAGGUUU